AUGGACGUGUAUCGUCAGGCGGCUGAGAUCGUCGGCAUUGUGCGCGAGGGCAACGGUACGGCCAAGGCGCUGUGUCUGCGAAAGGAUAUGCAGAAGAAGAAACAGACCUACGCUGUCGUGUGCGAGACACUGCGCCACUACGAGCUCCUCGAGGACGUGCUGGAGGUGGCAGAGUUCUUCAAGUACUAUCCUCAGGCGAACCACGAGUUUGCGAUGUGCAUGGCCUACGACGUGGUGCUCGGCAAGGGGGUCAACACCCACAACGACAGCACCGCGCGUGCCGUAUCGCACUCGGCCUCGUACCUGCGUGAGGCGUACUGGCAGGUGCGCAAGCACCACGUCAUCCCGCCGCGCAGCAGCGAAAAGUUGGACGAUGAGGUGGCGGCCGACACGGAGGGCGGUGCGAGAGGGAAGAGACGCAGCGGCGACAGCGUGUCCUCGUCCCCCUCGCUGCAGCUGCCGCGCUACGCUCGUGUCAACACUCUCAAAAUAUCAGUGGAGGAGCUGGUGAGUCGACUGCGCCGCUCCGCAGAGGUUCGCAAGCGCGCCCGUGACGCCAAGGACAAUGACGGUGACGCCGCUGCUAGCUCUCACCCGCAGCAGCAGAACGGCGACAAGCGUGCCACACGUCGCGCGUCAUCGCGGCCGCACCGCCCGCUUCCCGAGUUCACGCAAGACCCUGUUGUGCCGCAUUUGCUGGUUUUCCCACCUGGUACGGAUCUGCACGCGCACCCGGCGGUGCGCAGCGGUCAGCUCAUUCUGCAAGAUCGCGCCUCCUGCCUUCCUGCGGCGGUGUUGCUCGACGCUGUCCCUGUUGAGGUGAUCGAAGGCGAUACGGCCGGCAGCAGCAAAGGCAGAAAGAAGGCGAAGGGUGGUACGGCGCUGGGGAAGGAGAAGGGGAGGGGCAACGAGACGGAUGCGGCGGCGCGCAGGCCGCUGGAGUACGUUGUCGACGCCUGCGCCGCACCAGGCAACAAAACAACCCAGCUCGCUGCACUCGGUGCACCACAUAUCAAGAUUAUGGCGACCGAGCGUGAUGAGCGGCGUGCCGAUCUGCUGUCCAAGCGGGUGGCGUCGCUCGGCGCGGCGGACUACGUCAAUGUCGUGAGCAUGGACUUUUUCCAGCUCUCCUCCGACGACCGCGCGGCGACAGAGGGCAUCCUGCUCGACCCCAGCUGCAGCGCCAGCGGUGUCAUGACGCGCGUCGACGUGGCUCUUCAGCACCACCACCACCACCACCACGAGCAGCAGCGCAAGGGAAAGGCGCGGCAGGCCGACAGAAGGGUCUCCCUUCUUCAGGGCAGCCGGCGCGGCAGCCAUCAUGAGGAUGCGGACCGUAACGCGGCGGAAGAGGGGCAGCUGGACGACGGCGACCGCGAGGAGACCGCCAACAGCGGUGCCAUCAACCCUGCGGCACAGGGCAACGAAUUCUCAAUGAAGGAGGAGCGUGUCGAGAAGCUGGCGCGUCUGCAGCGCAAGCUCCUAGCGCACUCUCUUCUCUCCUUCGAUAACUGCCGCACCGUCGUUUACUCCACUUGCUCCGUGCACGAGGAGGAAAACGAGGAGGUGGUGCGGCAGGUGCUGGACGACGAGCGGGUAAAGGCGCGUGGGUGGCGACUGAGCAACAUUAUGCCCAACACGUGGAAGACGCGUGGCGCGGAGCGGGAGGGCGAGGAGCACCCGCUGCGCUUCACCAUCCGUUGCGAUCCGGCGACAGAGGCGACGAACGGCUUCUACGUUGCCCGCUUUGACCGCGUGUGCUGA